CUUGAAUUGCAUCUGUUCAAACCUCGAACAGCGAUCCUUUCAGAGAUAGCUGUCCUGGCGGCCCGAUGGACAAGGGGGUGUCAAUGUAGACGCAAAGCUGCUGGAAUAUCGGUCAACUGCAUCAUUCUCGUGGGAGAGUUAAAAUGGCAAGCCUCAGUUUUGGUGGUAGAAUAUUUGCUUUCUUAUUGUUGGUCCUGGUGCGGCGUGGUCCUGGUGCGGCGAACUUUUCCCGCUUCCACGCCGCGACCGAGACAUCAAAGGAUGGAAGUGACCGGACGGCGCCACGCUCCGGUAAGCGGACGCCGCUGGAAGAUGACCACUGGCUUACACAGGAACCUCCUUACACAGUCCUCGCAGGAAUCUUGCAGUGUUCGUUCUGUCGAGUCUCGGCGGAGUGGCAUUUCGUACGAAGAGUGGCUUGGCGGGCUUCGUGCCUGCGCCUUCUCUUCCAAUGCUAUGGGCAUGGGUUGUUGAAUAUGAGUGACGUUGGCUUGACUGCACCGCCAUGGCGUUAUCAAAGUGCCGAUUAAUUCUUCUUCCUUUUUUCUCCCCUUGCGACGGAGACAAUUCGCAUUGUGACGCUGGCCGGUUGAGGGUCAACAUGGCCCUCAAAGCCACCAAAGAAGGAACCGAAUGACUAACCACCAGAGCCACGUUCGGAUCCGGGAAGUGGCGGCUCGCGUGGGACGGGAGGGGAGAAUGAAUAAUCGCCGCGGGGGAGGCCCGAAGUGUGGCUGGUUCCGUGGUACGUUCGCCGUCGCUGUCGCGUCCUACGGACUACGGUAUGG